AUGCCAACUAUUGAAGUAAAAACAAAUGUAAAGGUGAAUAAAAUAGAAGCCUUCCUUAAAGCUAUUACCGAAGCGAGCACAACCAUUCUUAGCAAACCCAAAGAGUAUAUACAAGUCAUUCUCAAUGAUGAGGUGCCCAUGAUAUUUGCUGGGACAACAGAUCCCACGUACAUGGUUAGAAUCCAUUCGAGAGGCGGGUUUUCUGAUUCAUCAAACAACCAGAGAAUGUCAAAAGAAUUUGCGGAUGUUUUCAAAGAUUUGUUAGGUGUGGAAUCUACCCGUGGUUAUUUCUAUUUUAAAGAUCCUGGGGAGCAUAAAUGUGGAUGGAAUAAUACAACUUUUCCUUAA